CAAGGGAUGUGGUGAGACCUCUACAAAGCGCAUUCCUUGUAGAUGGGAGACUAUUGACAAGGAGUAUCCGGGCUCAUGGCGUGAUAGCAACACGACACCAUUACAGGAACCUUCUCCAAAGGUUAGGUCUCAAAAGGCUUCGAAGGCUUCUAAGGCUUCUAAGGCUUCUAAGGUUUCUACGGCUUCUAAGGCUUCUAAGGUACAAAGUCCUCUGAUCCGGAUGGUGUGUACAAAGAAUAAGAAGCCUGUGAGUAGUUACCUACGUCGGCGCUACCUUAAACAAAUCCCUGAUGAGUUUCAUCCAUUCGUUGUUGACUUUAUAAAUGUAAAGGGAGAUGGCCACUGUGGAUAUAGAUGUGUUGCAUCGUUGAAGGGUCUUGCAGAAGACGAUUGACCACUUAUACGUAGGGAACUUCUGACGGAGAUUGAUUCGGAUGCUAAUAUGUACAUCAACAUGUUUGGAGCCAGCGAGGUUAACCAAAUGCGUUUAGCUCUAACAGUUAAGGAUACUAAGCCCGUAGGUGAAGACAAGUGGAUGAUGAUACCAAAUAUGGCCUACCUUAUUUCCACAACAUAUAAGUUCAUAGUGUUGACUAUUGCUAAUACCGGAUGCAACACUUUUUAUCCGUUAAAGGGAAAGGCGGACCUAGUGGAAGAACACAAAUUCAUGCCGAUUGUGCUUGUCAAUAAAGAUCAUUUCGUUGGGGUUACUCUUCGUGAAGGCCAUCCAAUGCCGACCACAGCUCACUUGUGGGCAUACAACUGUCACCCGGAUGCAAGAAAAUGGGAAGAGCCUUACAAAGAGCGCAUUGAAGAAUACGCGGCUUAUCUGAAACAAAAAAAUGGAGGAUGUAGUGAUGAUAUUAUUGACCUUAGUGAUGAUUAAUUAUGUUGGAUCAUUAAGUUGUUUUGUAACGAAUUGCUUGUAAUUUAUAUGCGUGUAACGGAUGAUUACUUUGAACUUUAUAACUGUCUCCUUAAAAAGCUUGUGAUGCCUCUGGAUUGUUAUAACUGUCAGGAAAUCAGUCUGUGCAUGCCUCUGUUAUAACUGUCAUUAAUUUUCAUCCUGUCCGCACUUAUAACUGCGGUAGGUCAUGACGCAUCUGUAAGAGGUACUGUAAGCCUCAUUAAUAGAACCAAUUUCCCGUGGUUAUAACUGCGGAGGUGUUUUUAUUUUCAUCCUGUCCGCACUUAUAACUGCGGUAGGUCAU